AUGGAUUAACAAAUUCAACUAAAGGAGCAUUUGAAGAGAGUACAUUAAUAAUUAAAGUCUGCUGGGAAUCUUCAGGCUAAGAUUCACAACAUACAUUAAUUGUUAUAAUGUCCACCUGAUUUUUUGGAUAUGUAUUAUUUAAUAUUAAUUUGAGGUUUGCAUAAUCUAAUUCAAUGAAAAUAAUUACAUAGUAUUUAAAAGAUUCUUUAAAAUCUAUUUAAAUAAAUGAAGAUUUGAUUGAUAAAAUUUUAGCUCUAUUAACUAGAAUGAAUUUAAGUGAAGAAAUCUUUCGAGAAUCAGAAAUUGCUUAACCUCUAUAUAAAAUAAAAGAUAAAAAACUAUUUGAUAAUAUAAGAUCUCCUAUGAUUGAAUAAAUCUAAUAGAAAUGGUCAAGAUGUUUUAUAAAAUAUAAAGCAUGGCUUGAAGAAUGGAAAAGAAAUAAUAAUUAAAAGGAUAAAUAAGAAGAUCGCAAAAAAAAGGGGAAAAGAAAUUAAUCAUCAAGUUCUAGUGAGUCAUCUAAUAAAAAAAAGAAGAAUAGAAAGAAAUUUGUUAGGUAAUAAUUAAAAAUUUAAUUGAAUAGAUUUUAAAGAGAUGAACUCUUACUUAAUUAUAAAUAUUUUAAGAGAGAAGAUGAACCUAAUUAAAGAGGAAUGACAUAAGAGGAAGUCAUUUAAUUUUAAAAACAAUUUGCUGGUGAAUUUAAAAGAAUUAAUGGAGCAUACAAUAUAAAACAUAGAGAAUCAUUAAUGGAAGGAUAAGAACAUAGAAUUUAAUAAGACAAUAUCUAACAAAUGAUAGAAUAAAUACCAUUUUUUAAACCUGCAAGUUUAAUAUUAUCUUCUAUUUCUAGAAUUACUUUUGCAAUUAUAAGUAUCUUAUGAAAGUAAUUACAUUGAAACUGCUAUUUAAUAAAAAAGAACAGAAUCAAAAAUGUCUGCAUUUUAUAAUAGAGAUGUAAAAUAAUAUAUAUAUUUAUUAUUAGAGUAUUCCAGAUUAGCCUGGAUAUAAUGAAAUUUGUAAUACUUAAUCAGGAUUAUAACCAAAAAUUAUACAUUUAGAUCCUCCAAAAAGAGAGGAUCUUAUGUAUAUGGUUUAGAUUAUUUGUAAUAGAGGUUUAAAAGAAUUAGAAGAAAAAAAUAAAAAUGCUAAUAAAAAAUAAAUUAAGGGAAUUCUUAAAAAACCUCCUGAAGAAUAAGUCAAAUAGAAGGACGUCUUAAACUAAGCAAAAUAAGACUUACAACCUAAAAUACAAUAAUUGGUUGUAAUGGUUGAGUAAAAGCAUUAGCAUAGCCAGGAAAGCAUUCGUAUUAAUAUUUCAUUAUUUAAGUAACUUUAUUACAUGAUAUUAUAUAAAAAUUAAAGGAUAUUGGUGAGGAAAAAUAUAUAAAAAAUUUUAAAUCUGUCAUUGAAACUAAAUUGAACGACAAACAAACUAUAAUGAGUGAAAUUGACCGUAAUAAGGCUCAAUAAGAUUAGCAAAGACUUCGACUUGAGCAAUUAUAAAAUGUCAACCCUGCUCAAGCAUUAAGAAUAAGAGCUUACAAAACCAAGAAUUGUCACAAUUUUCAUUCUUCUACAGGUUGCGCAAGAGGAGAUAAUUGCAAUUUCAUUCAUGAUUCUCGCUAUCCUGGAAGACCAGCACCAACUCUUUAAAAUCCAAACUUCCUAAAUAAAACUUUAUAUCCUUUAUCCAAUAUGGCUAUUAUUGUUCCACCUCUGCUUCAAUAACUUAAUCCUGCAAUUCUGCUAGGAAGACAAAAAAAGUAUGAAAGUCUAUGAGUCAAAC